CCCAGUCAGCCCCUGUCCGGUCCGGUCCGGCCACGGAGGCAGCUUAGCGUCGGGACCCCGAGCGUACCCCUACGAGUGAGCCGCGCCGUGCCGCCCCACCUGGCUCCCACCAGCCCGAUGGGGCCGCAGUGGCGGCUGCCCGCUACCGCGGCCGCACUGCUGUUGGGCUUCCUGCUCCCGCUGACAGCCGCUCAGGAAGCAAUCUUGCAUGCAUCUGGAAAUGGCACAUCCAAGGACUACUGCAUGCUUUAUAACCCUUAUUGGACAGCUCUACCAAGUACCCUAGAAAAUACAACUUCCAUUAAUUUGAUGAAUCUGACCUCCACACCACUAUGCAACCUUUCUGAUAUUCCUCCUGUUGGUAUAAAGAACAAAGCAGUUGUGGUGCCAUGGGGAAGCUGCCAUUUUCUUGAAAAAGCCAGAAUUGCACAGAAAGGAGGUGCUAAAGCAAUGUUAGUUGUCAACAACAGUGUCCUAGUAAGUUAUAGAGAGAUUUUUUUAAAUAGCUAUGCUUGGCUAAGAUUUGCUAAAGUUCUUGUGUGUUUAUACAGGGAAAACUUGAACGGAGUGACAACUGACGAUAGAGAAAUGAGGAAAAAGAAGGAAGAAUAUCUAACAUUUGGUCCUCUUACAGUUGUAAUAUUUGUGGUCAUCUGCUGUGUUAUGAUGGUCUUACUUUAUUUCUUCUACAAAUGGUUGGUUUAUGUUAUGAUAGCAGUUUUCUGCAUAGCAUCAUCAAUGAGUCUGUACAACUGUCUGGCUGCACUAAUUCGUAAGAUACCAUAUGGACAAUGCACGAUUCUGUGUCGUGGCAAAAGUGUGGAAGUGAGACUUAUUUUUCUCGCUGGACUAUGCAUAGCAGUAGCUGUUGUUUGGGCUGUGUUUCGAAAUGAAGACAGGUGGGCUUGGAUUUUACAGGAUAUCUUGGGGAUUGCUUUCUGUCUGAAUUUAAUUAAAACACUGAAGUUGCCCAACUUCAAGUCAUGUGUGAUACUUCUAGGCCUUCUCCUUCUCUAUGAUGUAUUUUUUGUUUUUAUAACACCAUUCAUCACAAAGAAUGGUGAGAGCAUCAUGGUUGAACUUGCAGCUGGACCUUUUGGAAAUAAUGAAAAGUUGCCAGUAGUCAUCAGAGUACCAAAGCUGACCUAUUUCUCAGUAAUGAGUGUAUGCCUCAUGCCUGUUUCAAUAUUGGGUUUUGGAGACAUUAUUGUACCAGGCCUAUUGAUUGCGUACUGUAGAAGAUUUGAUGUUCAGACUGGUUCUUCUUAUAUAUACUAUGUUUCCUCUACAGUUGCCUAUGCUAUUGGCAUGAUACUUACAUUUGUUGUUCUGGUGCUGAUGAAGAAGGGGCAACCUGCUCUCCUCUAUUUAGUACCUUGCACUCUUAUUACUGCCUCAGUUGUUGCCUGGAGACGUAAGGAAAUGAAAAAGUUCUGGAAAGGUAACAACUAUCAGAUGAUGGACCAUCUGGACUAUGCAACAAAUGAAGAAAACCCUGUGAUGUCUGGUGAACAGAUUGUCCAGCAGUAAUAAUUUGUGGAACUGCUAUAAUGUGUCACUGAUUUUCUGCAAAUAGACUUUGACUUUUUAAAUUGACUUUUGAAUUGACAAUCUGAAAGAGUCUUCAAUGAUACGCUUGCAAAUAUAUAUUUUUAUGAGCUGGUACUAACAGUUACAUCAUAAAUAAUUAAAAUGCUUUGCUUUUAAUAUUAAAGUUGUGCCUUCACAUUAAAUAAAAGCAUAUAGUCUGUGUAGUUACCGAGAUGUAUUAUAUACAGUAUAUUUUUCUAAAAAAAAAUUGCCUUGAUCUACCCCUAUACUUUUUUACUAAAAUCUGUUUUUUUCAGCUCUAAUGUUAGAUAAAAGUAUUACUAUCAAAGUGAGUUUCUGAAUGGGUUUUACUGUGAAGAAUUAUGCAAAUUAUUUCUGCUCUAUAGAAAUAACUAAGACCAUGCAAGAAGGCAUUUCAGCAAUGAAAAUUCACACCUUGUAUCACUGCAGAGGUUAGAAAUAUGUAAUUUUUGAAAAAAUAUAAGUGCAUAUUUUUGUAAUAUUUUUAAGCCCAAUCUUUUCAUAAACUUCAGAACUGAAAAUUACUUCAGACUACAUGUGUAUCUUAAGAACAUUUUUCCAUGUAUAGAGAAACAUAUAGAACAAGUCACUAAAAUUAGGAGACAAACUGAAAUCUAGUUUUCAUUGAUCUGCUGUUUUUUUGAAAAUGUAGCUUAAAUUUCAAUAUUAACAUUUAGUUUCACUUUGGUAUUUCUGAUCUUUGAAAUUUGGUUCUUUGAUGUUAAGGUUUGGUUUCUUUUUAAUUAUUUUUCUUAAGAAAUUAUGUAUUAAUACAUAUGGCUCAUUGUUGAGUACAACAUUUCUAAAAUUAUCCCACAUUCUUCCGCCCCACCCGUUAUCUUUUUUUUUUUUUUUUUCCUGAUUCCCUCCUCUUACCCCAUAGGUAAUGACUGUUAAUCUUGGUGGAGGAUGUACAAAGUGUGGUUCAGAGGAAAGAAUUGGCAACAACAGCAAGAGACUUGGUGUUAGUCUCAGUUCCAUUGCAACAACAAGGAAGAGUUGAGUAAUUUGCCGCAGCUCAAGACACUGGUAUCUCAGUUCUCUCAUUGACAAAAUGAGUAGGUUAGACCAGCUAAUUACUCUGGUACCUUCCAACUUGAAAAAACUUUUUCCUCAUUCUUUGAUAAUUUUCAUAUGUGGCCUGGACAUUCUCCUGGGAGUCAGAGGUCAAAUUAUCUUUCCAUUUUCUUUUAUUUUAUCUAAGAAAUUCCAAAAUGACAAGUGAUAACAAAGGCAGCAGGAUUUUUCAUUUCUCUAAAUAAUGUAUAAAAUAUGUGAACAGAUCUAUAUCUUUCAUCUAAGUCCAGUUCAACUUAUUGAAAAAUAAACCUAAUGCCUCUUAAAAUGGAUUAGACCUUUGAUGUUUGAACUAAAUUUUGUGUUAGACACUUUAUAAAACUUGUUUGCUUUUGCUGAAUAAAUUGCAAAUAGAGAAGCUCCACGGACAAUCAGUCCCUCUUUCUGCUUAAUGCAGUUAUGGGUCCUUUCAUUUAUGGCAAAUGACCUACCUGACAGGAGUUAAUUUUGCCUCCAUUGUAUCAAAUUUGAUUUUUUUUCCAAGGAAUCUAAUUUAUUUGGCAGACUCUGAGAGAGAAGAACAGAUUAAGUGCCACUUCCCCCGACCAGUGCCAUUUUUAAACUCUUAUUUUCAUUUAUAAUAUUCAUAAAGUAUUUGCCAAAAUACGGCUUUUUUUGUAAAAUUACCUGCACCCUCAUCCCAGCUUUAUGAUAUUUAAAAGCCUCAAUCACAUUUUAUGAAGAAUGUUAAAAUUACUCGGUGUUUUUUUUUUUACUACAUUGAAAUAAUUCCUCAAAAUAAUUUGGUUUCAUCUAGCUGGAGUAGUAAUUAAUAUUUUAACUUCAUCAUCUAGGUUUUGCUCCUCAAUAGCAUAGUAACUGGUGCAUCCAGAAAUCUGAAAUCUGAGUUAUUUGAUACAAAUUCGACUUUAUCCAACCAUUCGUUACUAAGGAGGUAAAAUCUUGUUCUAAUUUGCUAUUAAAAUCUUAUUGGUUAAAUAGAAAUGAGAAAAAGUGUAAUUACUUGAGUUUCUUCAUCCUCAAUUUCAACUUUAUAUUGUAAUUAAAUGUGUAGCAACCAAGCUGAAAAUAGUGAUUAAGAAAUUAACAUACAGAAAUAUUUUAUUUGGGGACUCAAAAUGAACAAAAGAGAGAGCGGAUGAAAUUUGACUU